UCUCCUCUCUUUUCAGCCGCCCGUCCUCUCUUCUCUCCCUUUCUAGAUGAGAGGCCAUUGGAGAUAAGAAGACUCUCCAGUGCUACCACUCUUUUUGCUUGGAUUUACUUCGGUUCGGGGCAAAAUGUCGCCUUUACGCCCCCAAUUCCUCCUCUUAACCCCUUCGUUACUCCCCAAGUCCUGUGUAAUAUAGAUAGUGCCCAAGCCAGCGCCACUCCAGAUGGGCCUGAACUUGAGAUAUUCGUCACCAACUCCUGAUCUACUAGUUCUCAAUUCAUGGGCUUUGGUGUUAAUUGGUUUUUUUGGGGUUUUGAAGUAGAGAUUAUUACUUUGGAUUAAAAGCUCCAUUUUUGGAUUAUAGCUGCUAUUUUAAUCAUUCGUUGUUCGAGAGUAUAGCUUCCAGACACCCCACCACUCUUCUAUUGUUAAGCAAAUAUGGUGGACAGUGUGGUGGGCAGUGUUGUGACUUUCCUCUUAGAGAACGUGAAUCAGUUGCUCACAGAUGAAGCAAAGUUGCUUGGUGGGGUGAAGGAUCAAGUCAGGUCACUUAAAAACGAACUGAUCAUGAUCAACCGCAAACUUGAAAAGUUUGAGGGAAAACGUGAUGCUGCAGCUGAAGGGAAAGGCACGUUGAAGGAGGUAGCCUACGAGGCAGAGGACGUCAUCGAUACAUUCAUCGUAAAUGCAGCAAUGCACAGGAAAAGAAGUAAGGUGAGGAAGUUAAUCUGUCUCUGCAACCAAUUAAGCACACUUCACGACGUUGGAAAAGAGAUAGAGCGCAUCAAAAAUGCCAUCGAGGAAAUUAAAGAAGAUUGGAGCUCCUACAGCACAGAAGUUGAAUCCGUAGCAGAUGAGGAAGCGGAGGAGGAAGUGCACAAGCGCAGGAGAGCUGUCGAGAAAGAUCACGUGGUGGGCUUCCGUGAAGACACAGAAAAAUUGGUGAAGCAGCUUGUUGAAGGGCAUUCUCGACGUGACGUCAUUUCAAUCAUCGGCAUGGGUGGCCAAGGUAAGACCACUCUUGCUAGAAAGAUUUUCGACAACAAUCAAGUCCAAGAACAUUUCGAUGUGCUUGGGUGGGUUUAUGUAUCUCAAAAAUACAAAACCCGAGAUCUGUUGCUUGAAUUUCUAAAGGCUGUGAAGCCAACGUCACAGUUGAAGUUGAUGAUCUUGAGAGACGACUUGCACAAGGAAUUAUUCCAAAAUUUAGAAGCUAAUUAUAGGUCUGAUAAAGAUAAAUUGGAAGACUGCUCACUAUUCACACACUUGGAAGAAAUGAAGGAAAAGGAUGAUACAGAAUUCCAAGAGACGCUGUACAAGCAGUUGGAACUUAUAAAAGACUCUAAAUUGCGAGAUUCAAUACGAAGUUUGGUGGCAAAAAUAUACGAAAGCAAUUGUAAAGAUUUGCAAGAUUUCACUGAUGAUGAAUUGACUAAAGGGCUAUUUAGAUGCUUGACAGGAAAGAGGUACCUACUAGUCCUGGAUGACAUCUGGGACAAUACAGUCUGGGAGGAGGUAGGUGCUGCAUUUCCUGACAAGUCGAAAGGAAGUAGAAUAUUGAUCACUAGCCGCAUGAAAGAAGUGGCCAAUUAUGCAAGUCCCCAUAUUCCUCCUUACGAACUCCCAGUUCUUAACGAGGAGGAAAGUUGGGAACUCUUCUCUAAGAAGGUUUUCCGAGGAGCUACAUUUCCUUCACAACUUGAAGAACUAGGGAGAGAAAUUGCGGCAAGUUGUCAUGGUUUACCACUAGCUAUUGUGGUAUUGGGGGGUCUUUUGGCCAAGAAGGAGAAAUCAAAUCAUAUAUGGAAAAUGGUGAAAGGUAAUGUCACUCCAUACCUUAAUCAGGAAACAUCAAAUUGCUCAGACAUACUGGCUCUAAGCUACAACUACUUACCCCGGCACUUGAAACCUUGCUUUCUAUAUUUUGGUGUGUUUCCAGAAGGUUUUGAGAUAUCUGUGAGGCGACUAAUCCAACUGUGGAUAGCUGAGGGAUUUAUACGGCAAACUCACAACAGAAAUGUGGAGGAUGUUGCUGAAUGGUACUUAGAGGAACUCAUUAAUCGGAGCUUAAUUCAAGUGGCAACGAGAAGGGCAGAUGGUAGAGUCAAAACAUGUCGUAUUCAUGAUCUUCUACGAGACUUCUGCAUAACAGAGAGUGUUGAAGAGAAGUUUCUGGACAUUUGUACAAAAAAUAACGUCACGUCCGUUAGCAGAUCCCGCAGACUUUCCAUCCAAUGUGCCACCCGCCUAUUCAUUUCUUCAAAUCCUUGUGAGCCCUCUUAUACUCGUUCUUUAUUAUGCUUGGGGGAUGAUGUAACUUUGUAUGAUGAAAGCAACUUGAAAUGGGUUUGUGAAACGUUUAAGUUGGUUCGGGUGGUAGAUCUUGGGAAUAUGGCGACUCUUAGCUCGAUUCCCAAGAAAAUAGAGAAGCUAAUCCUUGUGAGGUACCUGAGGAUUCAGCCUGGUGAGCUUGAUGUCAUGCCGACUUCCAUAUGCAGCCUCUGGAAUCUGGAGACGUUGGACAUGAGAAAAUCUAAAAUACAUUGUUUACCUAAAGAGUUAUGGAGGUUACAAAAAUUAAAGCAUUUGUACCUGGGUGGCCCAACAUCUCUACCUAGAACAAACACAAAAGCUUUACCGAAUCUUCAAGUCCUUACUGGUAUAGCUAUAAAUCAAGACACUGAGAGCCUCCUUGCCAAGGCCAGAUUUCCUAAUUUGAAAAAGUUAGGAUUACAUUCUUCAAGCGGGGUGGAGUCAACGUUAUUGUCAAACCUCCGUCCCUUAACUCAUCUGAAAACUUUGAAAAUUAAUGGACUUUUUGAUCUUCCAAGUGCAAAAUCAUUCCAGUUGACUCUCUCCAAGAUAACCUUACUGUGCAUGAACAUUUCUCCAACUGUCGUGACAGCAUUGGGUAGCCUUACUAAUCUUGAAAUACUGAAAAUAAGAGGAGUCAAUCCGGUACAGAUGGUCCUCAAUUGCGAUGGGAGCAGUUUUCCUCAACUGGAGGUCUUUAAAAUGGAAACUUUGGAGAUUACGCAUUGGAAAAUAGAAAGAGGUGCAAUGCCAAGGCUUCAACACUUGGUCAUCGACAAUUGUAAGUAUUUGGAUACGCUCCCUGAAGAACUAUGGUGCUUGACUGACUUGCAGGUGGAAGUCUUAUAUCCCUCUAGAACUUUGGCAGGGGAGCUUCGGCAGUUGCAAAUGAUGGGUGGGUGUAAGCUCCAAGUUUAUCCUCCCCUGAGUGCAAGCUAAUAAAUGAACGCUUCAUCUGCUGCUGUGUGUCCAUGGCUUCGGGGUUGAGGGGUUCCUAUAUGUUCUUUUCAUUUGUCCAUGGGUUCAAUAUGAUGUAUGACAUUCUUGUUAACCUUUUUUAAGUUUCCAAUUUUCAAGCCUUUACUUCCAAUAAUUUGUCAUGUUCCGGGUAAUGUAUACAUAACUGUUUGCACUGAUACGUAUAUUGUUUGAGUAAUAAGUUGUUAUACUAUAAUGCUAGUUUGGUCUGUGUUUGUGUA